UUGACACGUACGAGCCCCAGCGCGUAUAGUUGGGACUUGAUGUCCAGAGUAUUGGAUUCAGGAUCAUCCCUUCGUGGUGAGAGGUAAAUCUCUACGCCUCGAUUCCUCAUGGCUCUGAGGAUAUAAAAGUUAUUGUUACCAUUGGGGUCCAUGGUGAGGAAAAGACGGAAAUUCGGAUGUGGUUUUAUGGUGUGGACGUUGCCAGAUGAGUCAGUACCUCGUUCACCGAUCGUGAGAACGCCAUUCGGCUCGAGGAGGCCAUUCAGUCUGUCGAGAACUGCUGGACUGCACAGGUUUACUUGGUCCACGAGGAGCCACGUGCCAUCACGCAAACACUAGAAACAUCAUAUAUCAAUAUUUCAUGAGAGCAAUUCCAUUUUCUUUCAUUUUUAUGUUAUACAGAUCCGACAGUACUUGAACAAUAAGAAAUUUACUCAAUUUUUUUUCUAAUUUUCCGAUUCGUAUAUUUAUCAUUACUGAGCAGCAAAAAUUAUGGAAAAAUGUUGACUAGAUGUUUUGGAAUAAUUAAUUUAAAAUCAGUCAUUUGCGAAAACAAUUUAUGACGUCUCAUGGUUAUGGAAAAAAGAUAUCUCGGAGGUGUAUGUUUUAGAGGAACUGGAAUAUGUUGAAUAAUUCAGUUGCGAAAGAAAACGAGACACGUAAAUUUUACAUUGAGACGAUUUUUGGAGAACGUCUUGAGACAAAAGAAAGAUGGGGUAAUGUUCAUGAGAUCGCCUUUGCAGAAGGGACUGUGAUAAAGGUUUUUAGUGGGGAUCUUCCUCCCUUAGAAUCCGAGAUAUCUCUCCGCGCAUAUUGGAGUUCAUUCAUUCUGUUUCACCCCUACAAUAACAAACUACUAUUUUAUCGGGUCAAUUGACCUGAAAAUGCUCGAAUGGACGAGUCAUUUUGUUCGUGAUUAAUCUGACAGCUGCGAAAGGUGUUGAUGUUCAUUCUAAUAGAAUCAGCACCUCAGAUUUUCAUUGAUUGUAGUUUUAAUUUUACCUUCACCAAUACACUGUCGAUCCAUUCGAAUUUACCGCCCGCAUUCAAACAUUUUUCUUCCUUCACAACUGCAGCGAGAUUUUCCAGUUUAGUCUCGAGUUCAGUCAGACCACUGUUUUCUGUCGACCUGAGCCCUCUGAUCGUUGAAGUCAGCUUCAAAAGUUUUUCAAUACGUUGCAAAAAGAGUUCGAUCUCGUCGGCCAUUGUCCUGGGCAGAUCAUCACCUGAAAGUUUUACAAACAAAUAAACCGGGGAACUGACUUGUAACAGAUGAAGAAAGUUACGACCACUCGAGUGGAAGAGAUAGCACAUAAUCCAAGAUACCAGACACAUAAUCGACCAACAAGUCCAGAUAAAGAAAGAAUAGACGAAAAAAAAAAUUGGUUGAAUUGAGAUGAAAUUUUCCCCGAUGGCUCAUUGCGGGGUCAUGAAAGAAAUCACGAAUAAUGCUAGUGAGCACACCGCUGGGAAGAGCUGUUUCGCAUGAAUACACGAACUCCCAAGAGUUGAAUCUUCUAGAGUGGAUCAACCAGGACUAAUUCUCGCAUCCUGCUUCCCCGAAAACCACUAGAGAUAAGAUGUUGAUAAGAAUAAGGUGACCAUCACGACACGGGGCGUUGAUGCAAGUAGAUCGCUCUAGGAUCGAUCAGAGAGUUACCGUUUAUGCGUUACGAGCGUCGAGACGCCGCCAGGCCAAUUAGACCGAGCGUGUGGUGCGAGGGUGGGAAAGGGCGCCAAAGGCAUCAGAGGACAAAGGACCACAUCCGCCUAAAAAGGAAGAGGGGAAAAAGGUGACCUGGAAGUGACGGUGAACACUAGAGCUGACGGAUAACGAAAUGGCUGCCGGAUCCGCUGUGGCUAUGAUUGGUGCCAAUCUACGAUUUGGCAUCGGAGCAUCUGGUAAUGUGACAUCCAAUUCCACAAAAGUAUUUCAGUGUCAUCCUGGUGGAGUAACGGAAGCAACAGUGAUAUUCAGUCUAGGCGCCCUUGGAAUGGGUGCCAAUAUAAUCCUAAUGAUUCUCAUUUUAACAAAGCGACAUCUCAGAAGGUGGUCGCAGGGACUAUUGUUUCAUCAGGCAAUGGUAGACUGUGCUCGAGCUGCUAUAUUAUUACCACUGGGCUCUAGUAUACUCAACUGUCAACCAGUGCACAAGUGUUCACUCGUUGAAACAGCUUUUCUACUACUGGUGACAGUGUCGACUGUCAAUAUGUUGACGACAGUGCUCAAUGAUAGUCCAGUAUUUCCGGAGAGUGACGAAGAAGCUGAUCUGACAGCACCGUUGUUGAUGGAUUCACCUCAGUGCGUUCUAUUCGGCACUUUCAUGAUAUGGUUCGCCAGUAUCACGAUAAACCUCGGGCCAACAUUCCUCAGUGGUGCACUCGCAGCAAAUACCGAGUCUGGUCACAAUGCACCUAGUUGCCCUCUUGUUCAUGGACCAUUCAGACAUUAUAUACUUAAUGUCCUCUGGAUUGUUAUUAACGUGAUAUGCGUCUCACUGACGUUAUUUCAUCUGAGAAAAUUACAUCGGGAUUUAACCAAAGCCAAUGUCGAAGCUGUUCGUGUAGCAGGACUUGUCACAACGCUUGUCAACGUGACGGGCGGUGGCCACAGCAGUGCAAAUCCAGCCGCAGAUGGUGGAACGACAGACCAAAGGAAUGGCACAACGCCCAAGCGGAGUGGUGCGCUCGAGGAGCACCGGAAAAUGAGAAAUUACUUGAGGAGGAUGGAGCGCGAGGGUGUGCAGAGGGUGAAGAUGUUCCUGGUCAUUACUGCUGCCUAUGUUAUUUUCUGGGGGCCACUUUUUUUCGUGACUUUGGUACAUCAUCCGGUGAUUGGAAAUACCACCGGCUACGAGGUGACCCUGCACAUCGCCUACAUCCAUGCAUUCGUAAAUCCGGCUCUCUUUUUAACCCUUCAUCGAGGUCUCCGCCAAGGGAUUUCAGACGUUUGCUGUGGCUGUUGCGAGAGCAUAGCCCGAUGGAUCCUUGGAUCAACAGCAAACAGUCCUCUACAAUCGGUACAGCCCCCCAGAUACGAGCCACCACUGAAUGUUCCCUCACCACCAGCCCCACCCCUACCCACAGCAGUAUCAGCCUGUGAUCUCAGUGACAUUGCACAGUUAAAACCUCCCUUACCGCCAGCAGCUAAAUAUCUCCCGCAAGAUGAACCUAUCAGUAUUACACCGGACCCCUGGAGUAUCGUUAUACCACGGCCUAAGAGUGUCUCAAGCUUGUACGAGGAGAAAUUAUCAAGACGGCCGAGCUUAAUGCUUCCAGCUCCACCAAGCAUGAGUGACGCAAAUACUGCUGUCAGCCCAACGAGUAGUGAUAUGCUUAGUGAAUAAUUUUUCGGUUUAUUAAAUAUUCGAGUGGAAUUUAUGAAUUUUUUACUUCUCAUAAAUGUAUUUUAUAGAAGAACACACUGGUGGAAAGAUCCACGUCGUAUUCUGAUGGCCAUUGAGACGAAAUAAAAUCGUAUACCAAGAGAGUGGAAUGAAAUAAAUUUGCAAAUAUCCCUGAUCGUAUAGAUAUCGAAGGCAAUUUCAGUUUUUUGGCGUUCACACCAUUUUUCCCAGGAAAUUCCAGAGAAUUUCCGUAAACCUCUUACUUCCCAAGAUAUUCAAAAUAGUUUUACUAUAAAUUUCAUUUUUACAAAAACGUGAGUCUUUUCACCUGAUAGUGUAAUACCAUUGACUGCAUCGCAAAAUUGUAUGAACUUUCCCAUUCCACUCCAAUAUACCCCCCAACUUCUGAUGGAGUAUAUGUAUAGUAAAAUAAACGGCAUUUCUUAGAAAUUCGGUUAUCAAAAACUCAAAAAUAAAACGUAGCCAACAGCAUCGCAGAAUUAUUUUUUUACAAAGCAUUUCAAGUUGCAAAUGGAGAAAAAAUAUCUAUAUCUUCCAUAUUUCAAUGAGCACUCGUAUAGGCAAAUAUUGAUAUCUUCACAGACUGAUUUUUCAAUCUUCGAGACAAAUCGUUGACGCGUAAUUGCUGAGUCUAUGAUGUAAUAUUACGUUUAUCUAUUAUUUUUCUAUCUUGUAUCUGUUUAGUCCCUAUCCCUCUUUCCAUCCCUAUUUCUAUGACUGCACCAACGAAUUUAUUAUCAUUAGAUCUAGCCAAAUUUCGUACUAACUAUAGAAAACUAUGUGAAAUGUAACUGGAGACAAUUUACUAAUUACUGGUGUCCUUUCUAAAUAAAUUAUACGUGUCUUGUGGCUGACUAAACGUCAAAUCACAUGGAAAAAAAUCAUUUAUGAAUGUAAAUUCUGAUGUGGUACGUAUAUUCAUGGCUUAUUGUCUAUUCGCCAGUGUCUAGAAUGAUUUUUAUAACUCAACUGUAACAACAAAAUUAUGUGUAACUACCCUCGCAGUUCCUGCAAUAAACCCUAAACUUCCGAAUACCCACUAUUCGCAAAAUAUUCAUGAUAAUGUGAAUAUGCAUUUUCCAAUGCGCAUUAAAUAAAAGGUAAAGCACAAAAUCUAAAAUUAUCUGAAUAAAGAGAAAGUCAAAUAUUGUAAAUAAAUUAGCAAAGUUAAUUUGUCUUCUUUCUUCGCGUUAGGUUUAAAAAGGCUGUACCAUUAAUUAGCGUAAAUGAUGAAGGAAUUUAAUGCUGUUUUAACGCGCCAAGUGAAGGAUAUUAUUUUCAAAGGUUAAUCAUUAAGGAGAAAUUGCUCAUUAAAUGUAUUCCGCCCAACGGAGUGUUUAAACAGAUAAACGAAUUGUCAAUUAGCGAUGUAGAUUACUGUAAAUUCAUGUUGAUAGAUCAUUAUGGAGAUGCCAAUGUUUAAUCAUCCCCAUUCAAUGUAACGAUAGAUAAAUUUUUCAAAUUUAUUUCGCGAGAAUAGAAAUUCAAUUUUUUUUUUACAUGUUGUUAAUUUUCAUUGCACCUGAAUUCGAUAUAGAAGUGCACUUUACUGACACCUCUUGGGUCCACUUUGUAUAAAAAUACUAUCUCAGUAUUUUCAAUUAGAGGCAAAGUGAGGCAAAAUGCACCCUUGGAACUUAUUUUGAAAUUAACUAAUCAUUAACUUUUCUAUUAAAUGGAUUUUUUUCAACCGUGAAAAAAAUAAUUCUUCAUUUUACAAUAUGUCUAGACUCAUUUCUAUUGGGAAAAAGUUAAAGUGUCCAUUUUGCCCCGCCCGUCCCUAAUAUAGUUAUUUUUUUCAAUUGAUGUAAAAAUAGUUAAAUUGGAAUAAAUAUCAUGUAAUUUAGAGGAAUGUCGUAGAUUCUGGGGCUACUUAGUGGAUAAUUGAGCAUUUGAAAUUGCGGAAUUAACGUUUUUUUUGCGAGUACUGAAAAAUGUGCCUACGAGAAUGGAAUAUAGAACUACCGAGCAGUCGAUUAUUGUCAUGAACGUGGAUCGUCAUUAAUCCAUGUGUAAAUGACUCGAUUAUUCAAUAAAAAUAUUCAAUGUAAAACUG